UAAUAACGCAUGCAAACAAGAAGAAGAGUAUAGCCUCCAUCGCUCGCUCACAGCAGCAGCAGAGCGCUUAAUGGCACAUCAGAGCGCAUAACCACGACGCGCCGGCUGGUUGCUAGGAGUGUUGCUAAGGUGAGGGUGUGUUAGAGAGUGUUUUUUUGGUUAAACCCGCAACUUCGAUGAGCGACAUUGGAGAGACGGGCCUGGUACACAGUGCGCCCAUCGGACUAUGCCUUGCCCAGCUCGGGAGGACAGCGCAGUGGACACCGGACAGACGGAGGACGGAGCAGCGGAGGAGGACAGAGACGUCGUGUGCGCUCUGGAGAUGGAGACUCAAACAAACCGCAGCCAGCUGCUGCACGACGGCGACGACUCCAAAGUGGAUUGUGUGAAUUGCGAUGGCUUGAUGAACCGAAACGGCGGCGGUGGGGAUUCAGCAGAAGUGUCCGUGCCGCUGUCCUCCGGGAAGAGGACAGCUCACAUGGAGGGAGAAGACCUGUACGGACUGAGAGCCAGAAAGAUCCUACUGGAGGACAAGAAGCGCCUUUGCGCGCUGGCUCUGGGCACCGCUCUGCUCGGGAUAGCGCUCAUGAUCAUCCACGCAGAGAUAUGUUCCGUCGUUUACAAACCGGGCUCAAAGAUUGGCUUAUUCAUCAACUGUUCCAUCAGCCUGUCCACUGGGUGUCUCCUGCUCCUCAUCAUAGCUUUCCAUUAUAAAGACAUCAGGCUGUUUGUCAUUGAAAACAACCAGGUGGACUGGCGCAUUGCCAUGAGCAGCCACAGGGUUCUUGUGAUCACUCUGGAGCUGUUGGUCUGUGUCAUCCACCCUGUUGGCGAAUACUGGGAGGUGAACUUCCACGCCAACUCCUCUUCCUCAGCUCCGCACUGCGUUUCCAAACACCACGGCGAGGCCCUGAUGAACAUGGAGCUGCUGUUAUCGAUGCUGAUGUUCCUCCGCUUGUACUUGGUGCACAGGACCAUCCUGCUGCACAGCAAAGUGCUGCUGAGCGCCUCCUACAGGAGCAUCGGCUCGCUCAACAACAUCAACUUCACCUUCCGCUUUGUGCUCAAGAUACUGAUGGACAAAUACCCGGCGCGCACGCUGCUGGUCUUCAUCCUCGGCUUCUGGGUCACUGCGUCCUGGAUGCUGACUCUGUGUGAGAGACAGCCCCAAGCAACGACAGGCCACAUGGACACGGCCGCAGGGACAGGCCGCAUUGACACGGACGCAGGGACAGGCCGCAUGGACACGGCUGCAGGGAUAGGCCGCAUGGACACGGCCAUGUGGCUCAUAGCCAUCACCUUCCUCACAGUGGGCUAUGGGGAUGUGGCCCCCUCCACAAGCUGUGGCAAGGCGGUGUGUCUCUUCACGGGAGUCAUGGGUGUAGCCUGCACUGCCAUGCUGGUUGCAGUCGUUACCAAGAUGCUGGCGUUGAACAAAGGAGAGAAACAUGUGCACUUCUUCAUGCUGGACAUCCAGAUCACUAAAAGGAUCCGCCACGCUGCUGCUAAUGUGCUGAGAGAAUGCUGGCUCCUGCACCACGCAAACAUGACAAAGGGCAACCGCGGUGAGCACCGGAGACACCAGAGAUGUCUUCUGGAAGCCAUCAGAGUAUUUCGGCAUUUACGCCUCAAAAAAAAAAAGCUGAGAGAUUACGUCAGUGAGAUGGUGGACCUCCCUAAGAUGCAGAUGAUCAUGUCCGACCUCAGUGCCAAUUGGAACAACUCCUAUCGGGAGCUGGAGCAGCGUAUCCUAUCCAUGGAGCAGAAGCUGGACAAGCUGAGUCGCUGCUUCCAACAGACGUCUGAGCUGCUGUCUCAGGUCCUGCGUAACCGUAACCCAGAGAUCAGGUGACAUGGCUUCAAUACACUUAUGGAGACAGAUAAUUGUCUUCGGUUUUUCUACAGUAUCCAUGAAAGUGAGACGGUAAAUCCUCUCCACCCGGAGCUGCUCCAGACUCUUAACAUGCUGAACCACUUGGAGGACUGGCAUACCUACUAAAGAUCUCAUCUUCUGGCCGUGCGCUGAGUGCACCGCACAAUGACUCAUGGCUGUAAAAUUAUACAGAUAAAAUAAGACUCACUGUGGGAGAAUCGCACAGCACAUUUUGAGAAAUCUGUCGUUUUUAGCAGUUAUAUUUGUGACGGUGCAAAAAGAACUGGAUUGAUCUCGAACAAGGACUGUGGAGAGCCUUGUAAUCCACACUGUCAAAGACUCCAGAGCAUAGACUGGACCCGGAGCUUGCUCUAACUGCUAUUUGUAAAGUUUCAUUGAUGGACUCCCAUCACUGCCUUACUCCUGUGGAAUAAGACACAUAUUUUUACGUUAAUUUUAUUUGAAUUUUCUUGCAAUAUUUUACAGUGUUAGCCUAAUCAGUUUUAUAAAAAAAAAACUCUCGCGAAUCCUCUUUUUCAUUAGUAGACAGUUUAAUGGUUACUAAGUUGAUUAUUGUUGGCAAACGGGCUUAUUGAAUAUAAUACAGUCUCUAACAAUUCCUCAUUGUUCUGCUAACCCCUGAAGUGAAUUGUGAAUGAAAUGUUUUUUGAUGCUCAAACAAGAGAAGAAACUAAACUUCAAUUCAAGUAUUGUGGGGAGGAAAACUUUAUUUCAAACUGUAAAUUCAGGGGGCUUUUAAGAGAUGUCAACUGAAACUCAUAGAUUAAUGUGUAAGGUUGUAAUCAUCUGAUGCAGGAAAAGCAUCUCACAGUUUACACCUGCUCUGAGAACAAUAAAACGUGAGCGGGAGUUUUCUUUUAGCGACCCAACAGCUCCACCUAGUGAACAUGAAUUAAAUAGACUACAUAAUAUUGAGGAUUAUUGACAUUAAAAUCAUGAACAAAUAUAUAACUAUAAAAAAAAAAAAGUCAUGUGCUAUUUCCAACCUGAAUGCUAAGACCUCUACAAUGUCUGACAGGAGCAUAACAUUU